GAACUCGUGUAGUUAUAUUUUUAUCUGUCAGUAUAUUUCAGUUCUUUGUUUUUUAGCCGGCGUUGAAUUGUUUUUUCAACUUUACAAAAAAUAAAUGCAAAAUGACGGGUAGGGGUCGCAACUACAGCCAGAGCAACGAGUGGGAUUCAACGAGGGAUGAUUACAACAGUUCAGUUUAUGAUGCACAGUAUCCGGACGAGGAUGCCAGUGGAGGAGUAGAAUUGGACCAUUGCCGCUUAUACAUCAAGAAUAUACCUAAGGGUCUGAACGAGGAGGGCCUGAGGGCCGCCUUCGCCAAGUUCGGGGCCCUGCAAGAGACCUUCCUUAGCAAGGACCCGCAGAAGAACUAUGGCUUUGUCAAGUUUGAGACCCCAGGCGAAGCCAAGCUGGCAAUGAUGAAGAUGAACCGUACGGAACCUCUACGACUGCUGAUUAACAUAGCCCAUAAAAGCAAGAGGGGAUCGGACAACAGACAGCGGGACAACAGGGAUUGGCAAGACAGGAGCAACGAUAAGCGGGAAAGGGACAGAAUGAGCGUGAGCAACAGGGACAGAGACGACAGCGGCAGUGUCAUCAGUAGGGGGAGGAAUUCGAGAGUACAAGACGAGAUACCUAACGGAGAGAAUAACAUGGACGAACUAUUGAUGGAAGAUGAUUAUGGAUUCUCGGACAUCCUGGAUCCAAACCUACACCUGGAGCUGGAGAGCCUGAAGCUAGAGCAGCUGAAGGUUAGGGAGGAACAGCUUCAGUGCAAGCAGCGCGUUAUACUGCUCAAACAGGCUGAGAGGAGACCGAUGUCACAAAUGGGCAGCAAUCGGUGUAUCCUACCAGAUGGCAAGAUUGUUGUACGCAGUGUCAAUGACAGGGACUCGCGUGACGCCGACGUUAGCUUCAGCGCUGGAGCCGGAGAUUCGAACGAAACGACCAUCUGUUCGUGUAAGGUCAAGACCAAGCGUUCGUGGGAGCACGCGCGCACCGACGACGGGUCCUCGACCCCGUCCACCUGCGUCCUAUGCUCCGAGGACCGCAGCGAGAACAAACACUACCGCGACAAAUCCGUAACCAGCAAAGUGACAGACAAAAAGUCGGAAUACUCCAGCAAAAUCGUCGACAGCAAAACCACUGACGUCACAACCCCAAGCAAAGCCACCAAGAAGUCCGACUGCAGUAAAGUGACUGAUACUUACAGCAAGAGAUCGGACGCGACCAGUAAAAAGGAGAUUAAACGAUGCGGAAAAUGCAGGAGCGAAGUCACUUGCGAUCUUAAAUACAGUGACUUUUACACCGAUAGCGAUGAUGAAGACGAAACUAACAGGCUGAUACAACUCAGGAACGCCGAUUACAUGGAUAUAGUUGAUGAGGAUUUUAAACUAGUCAUUGCCUUAGCUGGGUACCCGAAAUCCAAGAUGCGAUUAAGACAAAUGGAACAAUUCCAGCGUAGUUUAACAGACGUUAUCGAUAUGCAACUUAAAGCUGGACUCCUAAAACGUGUACCCUCAUUCUUAGAUUACUAUUUGAAUCGAGGUGCCUUAGUCUGUAUUUGUAAAGAUGUUGAUACACGCGAUUGGAUGGUGCGCGUUUCCCCAGGAUUACAAGAACGUAUGUGUACUAAUUUGGUGCUUUUAAAGGCCAAAGUUAAGCGGUUGUGCUUGGCUGUGCUCAAGAUUCCAAGGUCUUGCUGGCCGGCGACCGCUCAAGAUGCUUUCAAACUCCUACAGUAUUUCAAUCCAAUGUUGAAGACGAAUUUGUGGAAGAUUUACGCUCAGAAGUCCGUUGAAGACGUUGAAUACACUUCAUUCUUAAUUGAUCGAGUGUCUGGUGAAAUUAUUCGUGGACCAUCGUUCAAAAAUGUCAUAGACUACGGACAAAUGGAAUUCGAAUUGACCGGUUACACUGAAAUCUAUUACGAAUGCCUCCUAUCCGGUAUGGAGGAAGAUCUGAGGUCUGUAGCAUCGAGAGUCAAGCUACUUGAUGACUUACGAUCCGCUGAAGCAACACCAAGGAACCCCUCUGACGUCAGCGUCAAAGAAAUCGAAGCUGUUAUCCCAGAAGAGAAUAUCAUAGAAGAAGAAGAAGAGGACUGUGGUCCUCCAGAGAUUGUAGAAAUAGAAGAACCGGCAGACGUCAAGAAGGAACUUGAAAGCAGUCUUCAAAAAGACAUACUAAAGAAACUCAAAGAUGUAAAGUACAUAAGUGAUAAAGACGAAGUUCUAGUUUGGUCUGAUGAGACGAAUAACUACAGUAACGAAGUUGAUACUGAAAAAACUGAAUUGAAGGACCAAGAGCAGUUUGAAAGCAACAUAGCGUCUACGUCAGGCGUCGCUGUGUCUGAUAAGACCGAGUCUUUUAUCGAAAGCAACGAUAACUUGAUUGCGAGAAGCAGUAAUUUAAAUAUUGACAGUAAUAGGGGCAUUGCUUACCAUCGUCGCACGAACUAUCUCCAUGUUGAGCAUGAGUUGAAAGUUGCUAUAACACUUGAAGGCUAUCCACAGAAUAAGCUGGAAGGAACACAUAUCAGAAGGUUGAAACACCUAUUUAAAGAGUACCUGCAUAAGGAUAUGAAGUUGCAACGGUUUGCUAACCUCAUUAUACCGAAGUUUCAAGAUAUUUAUCUGUCUAAUGGCGCUGUGAUCUAUAUCUGUGAUAGUCUGGAGACCAAGGAUUAUCUGACUGAGGUCUUACCCAAGUUUAUUAAUUCAACUGGACUGAAACUUACAUUUAGAGAUAUUAAAAGCCUUGUGAGGUACACUAGAAUAGUUAUGAGACUACCCAAAGAACAUGCUCAUGUUGAGUCAGUAGAGAUUCUGCUGAAAUUGCAAUCAAAGUACCCAGGUUUGAAGCCAGACUGUUGGAAAUAUUACUCGGAUGUCGCUGGGAAACAGAAAAGACAGUUUGGUGUUGACCCUGAGUCUCUAGAGGUCAUCAAAAGUCCCGAUUUUGACCCGACCUACGAAGGCGAUAAGUUGACCUUCAGAAUUAUUGAUAGACAGAAGCGAGAUGUCAGUUUUGAUGAAACUAGUAAGGAAAUUGAUGAUGUGGACACCAAGAAACAGAGAGAUGUUGUCUUAAAGAAUAUGUAUGUACCGAUAGAUCCAGAAAUAAUGGCCGCCCCAUUGACCAGGAUUCGUACUAAUCAUUAUUCUGAUCUGAUCGCUGAUGACUUGAAACUUUACGUCGGACCAUCGAAUUAUCCAGAAUCGAGGAUAGAUGAGACUCUAUUCCAUUCUAUUAAGCGAACAUUCGAGAAUAUAGUCCUAGAAUCUUUGGAAAAAGGAGAAUCUACCGAAGAAACAAUGCCUAAAUUCCACGAUAUGUACCUAUUUGAUGGCGUUAUAUUCAUAAUAUGCCAAGCUAUGGCGUCCAGGACUUGGAUUGACCAAGCUAUCCCACUCGUAAACUCUAAACUACAUAUACACCUCAAACCAACUGAAUUCAGAGGUGCUGUUGGCAUUAUAAGUAUGGUAGUCAAAACAGAUAAAGAUACGGACGAAGUUAUCGCUAUAUUGCAGGAGAAAAAUCCUCGUUUAAGAACUAAAUAUUGGAGGAAGAUCAGCACCGUUAGAACUAAGACGAAACUGGACGUUGUAUUGCAGAUUGAUAAACUAUCAGCUCAAGUGAUAACUGGGCAGAACUUUAACAAGUUCAUCGGGUCAAGUACGGUCCAAUUUAAAUUAGGUCACUUACAAUCUCUGCUGAAACCUAAAGCAAGUCUUGAAGAGCUUAGCAAGUUGCACGCCAAACGACUAGAACGGAAGCUGAGUGAUAUAGACAAUCUGGAAAAGUCUAAAAGCAAAGUUUCAAUGCAAGGUCCAAAAGAGAAAUCUUUUGAUGAUCUCAAAAAUGAACUGAAAAAAGAAUAUCCCGGUCUUAAGUUAGAGCAAUGGAGUGUCAUAGCUCAGCAUGAGAAAACAACACACAAUCUCUGCGAUUUAGAGAUUGACGCGGAUUCAGCAAGCAUUAUCAAGAAGGAAGACUUUGAACUAUGCAUGGGAGAUCAAAAGAUAUUCUUCUACACAGCGAAUAAUGUAGAUUCAGAUCUAGACCCGGUUAUAAUAGAACCAGACUCACCAAGGAGCGUCGAAACUGAAUUAGUACUACCUGAACAGCAAGGCUAUCACAAGAUCAUCAUGAAGAUCCCUUUAAGCAUCCUCCCGGAGAACAAGGAUGACCUAAAUAUCAUCUUUGAUCUUCUAGAAGAUAAAAACCCAGGCUUGAAUACAGAAUUAUGGCAGAUAUUCACCGAUACUGUCUACCCGAGCAAUGGUAAAUUCACUGUUUAUAUUGAUAAGCAGUCUGUAUCUGUAUUACAAGGAAAGAAUUUUGAUCCUUCUAUCGGUGGCGAGAAAUUGAAGUUCUACUUCUAGAAUGUUCUGGAACUUUAAUGUUUGUGAAGUGGGUUUAGAUUGAUUUAGAUUUGUUCUUAUACAUUUUACUGUCUACAUAACUAUAGUACGCGAUCCCUAUAAUUAGUUUAAUUGUAUAUGAGGCUACGUAAAUCUUUGAUAUCGUCGGACCAGAGAUGUUAUGUAUUCGGAUAAUUCGGAAUUCUUUUUUCAGAUAGUUUCGGAACCGAAUCGACUGACACUGUCGUAACGUUUUCUAUUUUAAUCUCAACCUAAAUCCGAAAUGAUUUAAACUUUUAUAUUGAUUCCGAAUUCGGAAACGGAUAGUUUAUUAUUUCAGAUAUCCGAUAACAUCCCUGCCUCUUCAGGACAGUCUCAUCCGCGUGUGAUUAUAAAGACUUAUUCUAUGUUGCCUUAUAUAUGAGACCCAGAUACAAAAUAAUAUUCUUCUAGAGACCUCUUAUGCGUAUAAACCAAAUCGUUCAGUAGAUACUUUAUUUGUUAUUUAAAUUAUCAUGAUACAACAGACAGAAUGACUAAACGACUACAUUCCAUUGUAAUAUCCUUUUGUUUACUACCUAGUAUAAAUUUAGAUAGUUUUCUUCAAAUGCAAAAUUCCUUUAGUAUUUAAGACUUUUUUCGAUGUUAAAAUUGUAUACAAGUGUUGUAUUUUAUAUACUAAAGUUAUUGUUACCUCAACCCACCGAUAUUGAAAUUAAUUCAUAUACAAAAUCACGACCAAAGUAAUAUAUUUUUACACAAAUUUGCUAAGAAAAGUUUAAAAAUUACACAAGCACAUAGCAUAUUAUAUCGAAACUUAGAAAAUGAGUUAUAUUACACACAUUCCCGACACGUUAAUAGAAACAACAAGUUAGAAAUAAUUUCAUUUAUCAUACAUAUCAUUUGUAUUAUACAGAUAGGCAGUCACUCCUUGUAAAAUACUGGUACUUAGCUGAAUCCGGUUCGAAUGGAAGCCGACCACAACACAGUUGGGAAUAGGCUUGGCCGGUGAUGAUACAGAUAAUUUGUAGUUUGAGUUAGACAUGCUCGCUUAAAUGUCCAUCUGACGGUAGCGUUGUGCAUUGGGCCGUUCUAUUCCCUACAAAAUGGUUGAGUUGAACGACGCUGAUGCAUGCGUUAUACUCGUGAACGGGUGCCGUUAGGGGGACUGGUCUGCUCAUUCUACCUUAUUUAAUAAUAUCCAAUAGGCUCUGAUAAAGCGAGGGAGAACGAGCCCUGGUAUUACAUACAACCUUAUUUUAACUCCUUGUGGAAGUUUAUUAUUGGCUUUACUAAUCUAAUGGUCAAUAUUUCAAUCGCCAGGUAACUUAUCUGACGAAUAUGUUUGAUGCUUUGACAGCUCUUGUAUGGAAAAUAUGUCAAACGGCCAUAUUUAUUCCUCGAAUAGAACUGAUGAUUGAAAAAUCGGCCCUAAGUUGUGUAACUAUUUGUUUGUAAGCUCCCAUAAUAAAAUAAAAUUAGUAAAAUUAAUACCAACCUACAGAUGCUCGAAUACUAUGCAAAGCCCCAUAUAGAGUCAAAUGCCACACACCUUUAAUACCAUAGGAAAAUUGUACUGUGUUUCAAAUUUCUUGUUAGAGCUUAUGAUAAUGUUUAAAUAAAUCAAUCAGUUUAGUCUAUCGACAUUCAAUGCUAGAUAAAGUCGCAAAACAACGCCCAAUAACAAGAAAUAAAGCAUUUUUCUAAAUUCCUGUAAUCAUAAAAAUUAUGUUAAAAUUGAAACUAUUUUAAUAUUAAUUUUGGUUGUGAUUUUCUAUGUCGAUUACUUAUAGACCCAUGCAUAAUUAAAUUUUAGCAUGAAAGAGAUUUUUUUGAACUAUUCUUAAUAAUCUAAAUCUUAUUAGAAUUAAUGUACUCAAUUAUAUUAAGAUGUUAAAGUUCCUGUGAUAAUAUUUGACAAUAUUUUCGUAUUAUCAAAUGAAAAAAUGUUUGGACCAAGCAAAGAUUGCCUACCAAGAAAAUUGUGACAAAUAAUUUUAGAAUUACUGUGAUAUCAAUAGUGACAUGACAAUAAGUAUUUUAAAUUAGUGUUGUACGUGUAUGUUAGAAAUUUUUGGACCAAGAUAACAAUUUAACCGACCUAUAUGAUAACUUUAUAGUAUUUUAAUUAAUGAACGUAUGUGAUAUUUUACACUUUACGGUUUCUCAACGAGUAUUCAGAAAAAAAAAAGAUCAAUUAAGUAACUAUAGUUACUAAUGACUGAAGAAUACAAAAAUGAACAAUGUAAUAUUGUGAUAUUUCAAAAUUAUUGACCAAACGCUUUUUAUCAAGAACAUUGUUGUAGUUAUUUUAAAAUGUAUCUUCUACUUAAUAAUUUUAUAGCUUAGAUCAAAAUAUGUCUAAGUCAAUCUAAGCUGUUUUAAAUGGCAUAGCCGUACAUGUCAAUUUUUAUUCAUCCUGAAAUGAUGUUAAAACUGUGUUGCCAAUGCUAAGAAAGGGUUGCCAGUUUCUUUAUAAUAAUAGUAAGUAUUUGUAGUAUUUCUUUCAAUAGCUUAUUAUGUACGAUUUUCAAUAGUAAUGUAUUUUAUAAAACAUAUUUGUAUUUUUAUACAACUCCACUGUAAUUUCUUAACCUUAUGCAGUGACAAGAGAGAAAUAUAAGCCAUUUUUUCGCCGUAGCCAUUGUUCAUAAUAUUAAUAAUACAUAACUAUGAUAUAUGAAUGCUACCGAAUCUCCAAAACACGUCAAUUUGUAUAAUUAUCCUGGUAACCCCUUUCGUGAAGGCUCUAAUUUUUUACCUGGCAACACGUAUCGUUUCAAGAUACACUUGCGUUGAUAUACCACAAGUUGUGAUCCCAACUACUCUGUCUACUAACACAAGCACGUUUUAAGAUUAAAUUUAACUUUACCGUUGAUUUUAAACCGAAAUGAAACUUAUUAUAAUGAAGAUUAAAGUUUAUAUUUACUUGGUAACUAAAUGAUUUGCUCAAUCCACUGUUUAUCUUUUACUGAAUAAGCAAUACUCAGUGUAAAGUAUCUUCAUACAUAUAUACUUGUUAGUUGACAUCUAUGUGACAAUAUUACUUCUAGUAGUUGCUGAUGGACCUGUAUAGUGUCACGUCCACACAGGGGCGAGCAGUCAGCCUAAAAUAAUAUAAUAUACCAGCUUAUUUACGUUCCUCUGCUGGACACAGGCCUCUUCCCGUAUUAAGAAGGAUUGAGCAUUGAUCACCACGCUAGCUCACUGCGGGUUGGCGUUUUCAGAUUUCAAUACUCGAAACCCAGUUUCCCUUAGGGUGGGGUUUCCUUCACCGUAUGACAGUGGUGUCUUACUCUGAAAAAGUUAGAUUUGAACAGGUUUUGCUGGUUUUGUGAUCGAACCUACACCUCAUGCAAAAUCAAAGCAUUGCAGUGCAAGGCCAGCAUGACUGAGUAAUGAUUGGUUUAAACAAACCCAAUAUAUCUGAUCGAUCCGAUAGUAUACGUGUAUGACGACAAUUUAUUGUAAAAUGAAAAUGAUAUUCCACGGUAAAGUUAAAUUUAUUCGAAAAGAAACCUUACGUAGACCCAUAUAAAGACGAAAACUAUUAAUUUUUAGUAACAAUUUUAGUUUGUACUAAUUUACAUAAGUUUUAGGGUAAGUAUUUUUCUAUUUUAGCAUAGUUUUAGUGGUCUCAUUACGAGUUUCAUUUAACCCGCUGUAUGGCGGAGAUUUUGAUACCUGAGUUUAAAAAAUAUUUCCUUUAAAUCUCUUAACACAAAGAAAUAACAACCUAAUCACUUUGAUUUACGGGUUAACGGGUUUACGUGAUAAGUCGUUUGAACCCGGCAGCUUUAUUUCGCUUAUCAAAUAUCCCAAAUGUCUACCGCUAACGUUUCUUCUUAAUAACAUAAUGGGUGUUUGUGGUACCUUCGUUGUAUCUGAAUUCCAUAACACAAGUGCUUGAGCAACUUACUUUGGGUUCAAAACAAUGUAUGUGAUGUUGUCCGCAUUUAUUUAUUAUUUAUAAUAGACUCUUGCAUUAGAACAGUAAUGAUUGCUUGUUAAUAAGGGUCGUUUUGAGACAACAUGCCCUUAUAUCUCACUUAAUCUAGAUGUAUACGCAAUUUUUAAACAGUAACUAUAAUACGCGUAUUUAUAGAACAGCGCGAUUAGUUAAAGAUACCGUUUGAGUCCGAAAGUAGUCGGGCAAUCCCGAUACAUAUGCGUGAGUAAUCCGUUGCAUCAUUUAAUAAUAUUACGCUGUCGGGUUCAUGACGAAAUCAAAUAAAAUAUGUCUUUUUUUGUCUAUCCGUCUUUGCAAUCAACCGGUUAAUAUUUUGGUUCUCUGGUCUCUAAUACCCGGUACACAGCGGGUUAAACCCUCGACUGAUGUUUGUAUUUUAAUUUGUUUUUAACUUUUAAUUUCUGUUUAGUAUAUGUGACGUGUUGAUUCAUUGUUUGUGCUUUUUUAUAAUUAAAGUAUUGAUUAAUUUUAUAAAGAGUUUUUAUUUGUGAUCUUGGGUGGUAUGGUGGUGUAUUCUGCUUAGCCUUUUACUAACAACGUUGUCAUUCAUUUUCCGAAAGCUGAUGUUCCCAACUGUCCUGGAUCUUAAAUUAUAAAAGGUGUUGCUUCCAACUGUCCUCGAUAUUUGACAGUAAUUAAAUAACCAGCCUUAUGUCUAGAAUAACCAAAUCCUGCAAGUAUCAAGUUAAAAGCAGGAGAAGGUUUUCCUAGUUUUGCAGUGCCUGACAGGGUCCAUAAUGAACUGUAAACUUAGUAAAAUAUUUGACCAUCUAUGUAACAUGGCCAGCUUUGGAUAGGCUUGAAUUUAGUGUAUUAUUUAACAAACGUUGUUAUUUAUAACAUUAGCCCACCAGAUGGCGCUCACGUCUGCUGAAAGGGGGUGACAACUUGUAGAGAAAGCCGGCUUUUAUAAACAAAUGAAAAACCGAAGCGUUACCCGCAUUACCUAUGUUCAAUGUCUUCCCAAUUCUUAUCCCAUGCUUUUUUGUAAAUCCCAUCCUUUUUCCCAAAAUGAGGACGAAAUCUUUCUGAUUGAAAUCAAAACGUACAUAUUGAGAUGACUGUGAUGAAAAACAAUCCAUUGUAUCAUUGAAUUUGUAUUCAAUUUCUAAUAUUAUUCGCAUUUGCAGCGCUUCGUAUGAUAGAGAUAAUUUGGUUCUGUUACGGUGAAACGGGAUGAAUAGAGGCUUUUUUGGGGUGGAUAGAACCA